CAAAGAGGAUUGGGCAAAUUCAUGGAGGAUCAAAGUAUAUCAAACUUGGGGCUUUCUCAAGGCAAAAUGUGUGCCCUACUAUGGAGCUAUAGCCCCCUCCAAGUUUUCAGGACCUCUCAAAUUCUUUGGUUCUUGCUAUCUUCCGUUUCAGGUGCUGAAAGACGUCUCUCUGCCUGAGAUUCUGGGGAGCUACUGCUAGCCAGCAUAGACCAGGGAUGGGAACUUGUGGCCCUCAAAGCCUUGCCAGCUUCUGAACUCCAAGAAGCCCACUGUGGCCAAUGGUCAGGGAGAAGGGAGUUGGACCAUAGGAAGGAUUCCUGGACUACGCAAACCAGUAGUUUGAUUGGGAUUUUGCUGUAACCCACCCUGAAUUUUUUAUCACACUGGACGCAUCACAUUAAGAGUCACUAACCAUGGCAGACAAUUUUAAAGGCUCUUUAAGGCUUCUGAGCUCCAUUGUGGUCCUUGGAUUUCAGCUUGUCAUUCCACAGCCCUCCAUUGAACACAGAAAGGUUCCACAGAGGAUAGGAGAGCAAAGUGCUGCCACGGAAGACGACAGCGCAGGAGCCCCGGGGGCAUGGGGCAGCUGGGGGCCCUGGUCGGCCUGCUCCCGAAGCUGCAGUGGCGGCGUGAUGGAGCAGACGAGGCCCUGCCUCCCAGGAUACUAUUACGAGAGGAGCCACCGCAGGCCUGGGCAGUUCCCGACCUCUGAGAGGACUCUUGCCCACCAGCCUCCGCACCGACACGAAGACUUGCUCAGUCCCUUCUCUGGCCACAUCAUCUCUGCCAUCCGUACGUCGGUGCCUCUUCACCGGAACGAAGGUGGGCUGCGAGCAGGACUCCAGGCCAGAGCCUCCUCCGAUGGGCGCAAUGUCAGCCACUUGAGCAGGGGAGCCUUGAGAGGCCGCCGGCCCUCACAGUCCCAGAGGCGCAGCCCCAAAGCCGAAAGAAGAGGCAGAAAUAAAAGCCCCAUUGGACCUGGGAAGUAUGGCUACGGAAAAGUGCCCUAUAUCCUACCUCUGCAGACUGACACGGGGCAGGAGCCCAACAAGCCACGCAGGCAGCGGCAGUCAACCCGGAAUGCAGCCAGCCAGCAAUGGGCCGCAGCGGUUCAGAGCCCUUUUGCUCACCCUUUUAACCCUUCGCCUCGCCAUGGAAACUUAUACCAAGAGGACUCCAGGGCCCCACCCAGGACUCAGGUUUCAAGUGACUCUGUUUACCCCCAGGCUGGGCCCCACUUGCAAGCCUUUCCAGCAUCUCAGAGUUUGUUCCAUGGCACAGAGCUGGUCUCUCAUGUUCCUGUUGCUCACAGGGCAGUUCAAAGCCAGACUCCCACUCAGAGGACCUCGGCCAUCGUGUGCACUGGAGCCUAUAAGCAGCACAAACUCUGCAACACAAAUGCGUGUCCUGAGAACAGAAACAUCAGAGAGUUGCAGUGCUCCUCCUACAACAACAAGCCUUUUAUGGGAAGAUUCUAUGAGUGGGAACCUUUUGCGGAAGUUAAGGGCAGUCAGAAAUGCGAACUUAAUUGUCGAGCAGUAGGUUAUCGGUUCUACGUGAGACAAGCGGAGAAGGUCAUUGACGGGACGCCGUGUGACCAAAAUGCAACCUCCGUCUGCGUGUCUGGGCAGUGCAAGAGCAUUGGCUGUGAUGACUAUCUGGGCUCAGACAAAGUGGUCGACAAAUGUGGGAUAUGCGGAGGGGACAACACAGCUUGUCAAGUGGUCUCAGGGGUCUUCAAGCACACCCUGACCAACCUUGGCUACCACAAGAUAAUAGAAAUCCCAGAGGGGGCCACAAAAAUCAACAUUACAGAAAUGUCCAAGAGCAACAAUUACUUAGCACUGCGGAGUCGAUCAGGGCGGUCUAUUAUCAAUGGGAACUGGGCAAUUGAUCGACCUGGGCGAUAUGAGGGAGGAGGAACAAUGUUCACCUACAAACGCCCCAAUGAAAUCUCAAGUACUGCAGGGGAAUCCUUUCUAGCAGAUGGCCCAACAAAUGAAAUCUUGGAUGUCUAUAUGAUUCAUCAGCAGCCCAAUCCAGGUAUACAUUAUGAGUACAUCAUUCCAGGGCCCAAUGUCAUCAGCCCUCAGGUGCCUCUUCAUCGACGGCCAGGGGAGCCAUUCAAUGGCCAGUUGGAUGUGACAGAGACAGUGAAUUAUGAGGAGGAGGAUUUGCAUGGGGAGACAGGCACUCACAUGGGGCAGCCUGUGGGGACCUUUCCGGUGAUCCAGCCAGGAAGGUUUCCCUCUCAUCAGCCAGACAACCAGGUGCCUGCUGGUCAGCCAGCAAGACGCAGCCGAGAGCACAACUGGAAGCAAGUUGGAACGACCGAAUGCUCCGCCACGUGUGGGAAAGGCUCACAGUAUCCCAUCUUCCUCUGCGUCAACCGAAAUAGCCACGAGGAGGUGUCUGAGAGCUACUGUGACACCAGCACCAAGCCCACCCCGGAAGAGGAAGCCUGCAACACCUUCCCAUGCCCAGCCUUCUGGGAUAUCGGGGAGUGGUCGGAAUGCAGCAAGACCUGCGGCCUCGGGAUGCAGCACCGCCAAGUCCUGUGCCGGCAGAUCUAUGCCAACCGCACCCUGACAGUCCAGCCACACCGCUGCCACCAUCUGGAGAAACCAGAGACCACAAGUACGUGCCAGCUGAAGAUCUGCAGCGAAUGGCAAAUUCGGACAGAAUGGACAUCGUGCUCCGUGCCAUGUGGAGUGGGUCAGAAGACACGAGAUGUGAAGUGUGUCAGCAAUCUUGGAGAUGUCGUUGACGAUGAAGAAUGUAACAUGAAGCUGCGCCCAAACGAUAUCGAGAACUGUGACAUGGGGCCUUGCGCAAAGAGCUGGUUUCUUACAGAAUGGAGCGACCGGUGCUCAGCCGAAUGUGGCUCUGGUGUCCGGACACGCUCCGUCAUAUGCAUGACCAACCACAUCAGCAGUUUACCACUGGAGGGCUGCGGACACAACAGACCAGCAGAGACCACACCCUGUGACAAUGGGCCAUGUUUGGGGAAAGUGGAAUGGUUUGCUGGAAGCUGGAGCCAGUGCUCCAUUGAAUGUGGCCGUGGAACUCAGCAGAGAGAAGUGAUUUGUAUCCGAAAAACGGAAAGCAGCUUUGACAUGCUGAGCCCUGAGGAGUGCUCAUUUCUGGAGACACCUCCCAACCAGCAGACCUGCUACCUCAAGCCUUGCGGCGCUAAAUGGUUUAGCACCGAAUGGAGCACGUGCUCAAAGUCCUGCGAAGGCGGCUUCCGUGUCCGAGAGGUGCGAUGUCUCUCUGAUGAAAUGACGCCCAGCAGCAGAUGUGACUCCCAGCUUAAACCUGAAGAGAAGGAGCAAUGCAACACUCAAGACUGCAUACCCGAAAUAGAUGAAAACUGCAAAGACAAAUAUUACAACUGCAACGUUGUCGUGCAAGCCCGGCUGUGUGUCUACACAUAUUACAAAACAGCGUGUUGCGCUUCAUGCUUGAGAGUGGCCAACAGGCAGUCUGGGUUUCUGGGGCGCAGAUAACCACGGCUCCAUCGCUGGCAUCGCUGGACUUCUGCCCAGUCAUUUGUGGCUGCUUGGACUGAAACAGAGUCUACCUUUUAAAAAGAGAGGUUUCCCAUACUGGCGCACCCCUUGAGGGUGUGCAUGCUUCUGUGAUAUCGCUAGCACACUGUAUAGGAACCCUUUUGGAAAUGUACACUGUAAAACUGGGUUUUUCCAAACAUCAUUAAGCACAGCCAAGCAAAAGCCCAUCUUGGGAGAUGUAAGGAAAUGUCUCAGGCAGAGUCAACUAAUAAUCCAUGCAGGGAUAGUAGGGGUCAAUGAAAGCAGCAGUCCUGUGCCUGGAAGGAAGCCCUCAGCAGAACUUACUUCUAAUGCAUAGGACUGUACUGAGAAAAUCCCAGAACAUUGAGCUUGACUGGCAUAAAACUCUUCCUCAGGACCAUUUUCCUUUACAUAAUACUUCUAUGACACCUAAUAAAAAUGUUGGAAACUUUGCUAGUAUCAAGGCAGAGCUUCUUGUUCCUGCUUGGACAUAAUAAAUGAUUCCCACCAGGAUGAAACCAGGGAUGGCAUUUUCUUAAAAAAACCCCAGUUCUGCUUAAAAAAUGAGCUAUGCUCACACAUCAUGUUCAUUAUUCUAAUAAAUGAUUAUAUGCAUUAUUAU